UCCUUUUCCUCCUCGUUGAUAUCCCUGUUUGCCAGCGUGCUCUCUUCCGCUCCACCGUCUCUCACUCUCUGCUUCCGAGCAAUUUGGUGCUUUGCAGGCUUGCAGAGCUAGAAGAGAUGCUUGGAGUUGCAUGAAUACUUUCCUGCAGCAGCAAACAGCAAAAAAGAAGAAGAAGAAGAAAAAUGGUGGCGCUACAUGUCAACGGAUUCCGUCUGCAAGGCGUCGGUCAGCUUCUGGCCGCCGUCGCAGCAGCGUUCGUGGUUCGCAUCAUCACCGCUUCUCCCCGUGAACUCCCGCCCGAAGUGGAAGAAGCCGAAGUCGAUGACGAAGGGUCAGAGGAGGAACCACCAACGCCAGCGGGGAAAGUUGUGCCGGUGUCUCUGAGAUGGAGUAACAUUACUUGUUCCUUGUCGGAAAAGUCCGGAAGAUUGGUCAGGUAUCUACUUGCUGAUAUUAGUGGUGAAGCAAAACCUGGAAGGCUAUUAGCCAUCAUGGGCCCCUCAGGAGCAGGAAAGACAACAUUGCUGAACGUUUUGGCUGGUCAACUAGCAGGAUCUCCAAGAUUGCGCCUAAGUGGGAUCUUGCAUCUUAAUGGGAGGCCAAGAUCUAUUUCUGCAUAUAAGAUUGCGUAUGUAAGACAAGAAGAUAUUUUCUUUUCUCAACUGACAGUUCGUGAGACUCUUUCACUGGCUGCUGAGCUCCAGCUCCCUGAACUUGCAUCAUCUGAGGACCGUGAUAGAUACGUCAACAAACUUCUGCUUCGUAUGGGUCUGGUAAACUGUGCAGAUUCAAGUGUUGGUGAUGCAAAAGUCCGUGGCAUUAGUGGCGGGGAAAAGAAACGCUUAUCUCUUGCUUGUGAACUGAUAGCUAGCCCGUCCAUCAUCUUUGCAGAUGAGCCUACAACUGGAUUAGAUGCUUUCCAAGCGGAGAGAGUGAUGGAGACUUUGCAACAACUUGCUCAAGAUGGACAUACAGUGAUCUGCUCUAUUCACCAGCCUAGAGGUUCUGUGUAUGCAAAAUUUGACGAUAUUGUCUUGCUGUCAGAAGGUGUCUGCAUUUACACUGGUCCUGCACAAGAAGCACUAUCAUACUUCAUGCAGCUCGGGUAUAAUUGCCCAGAUCAUGUUAAUCCUGCAGAGUUUCUGGCUGACCUUAUAUCAGUGGACUAUACUUCUGCUGAGAGCAUUGAACAUUCUCAGAAGAGGAUCAAGGGACUAGCUCAGCACUUUUCAUCAAAUGUACUGCAUUUAAGUCCAGUGUCUUUGCAAAGUCGCAUUAAACAUGGUUCAAGAUUUGCUCAAAGAUCCAUUAGCAAGCAAAAUGUGGGUUGGUGGAGACAAUUUUGGUUGCUUCUUAGACGUGCCUGGAUGCAGGCAUUGCGGGAUGGUCCCACCAACAUAGUUCGGACAAGAAUGUCAGUUGCCUCAGCCAUAAUAUUUGGAUCAGUAUUUUGGCGGAUGGGGAGGUCCCAAACAUCUAUACAGGACAGGAUGGGGCUUCUUCAGGUUGCUGCUAUAAACACUGCUAUGGCAGCGCUAACAAAAACAGUUGGUGUGUUCCCAAAAGAGCGGGCUAUAGUUGACAGAGAGAAUAAAAAGGGGUCAUAUGCUUUAGGACCCUAUUUAUUGUCUAAGCUGAUAGCUGAGAUCCCUAUUGGAGCAGCAUUUCCUCUGAUCUUUGGUACAAUUUUAUACCCAAUGGCACGCCUGCAUCCAAGCUUAUCUAGAUUUGGGAAAUUCUGUGGUCUUGUUACUGUAGAGUCAUUUGUUGCGUCUGCUAUGGGUCUAACAGUUGGAGCUAUGGUGCCAACAACAGAAGCUGCUAUGGCUCUAGGGCCUUCCCUUAUGACUGUCUUUAUUGUGUUUGGAGGUUAUUACAUAAAUACUGAGAAUGCACCAGUAAUUUUCCGUUGGAUUCCUCAAGUUUCUCUAAUUCGCUGGGCCUUUCAAGGGCUUUGUAUCAAUGAGUUCACUGGCCUUCAAUUUGAUCAACACCAGCCAUUUGACAUCCAAACAGGAGAGCAGGUUCUGGAGAGGCUUUCAUUUGGCGGAAGUCAUAUUUCACAAACAGUUUUGGCUCAAGGCAGAAUACUUAUGUUUUGGUACUGGGCAACCUAUGUGUUACUGCACAAAAACAAGCCCAAGUACCAGCAGUUGGAGCCACCGCCACAGUCCGAAGUAUGAUGUGAUAAGUAUGCCGGAUUAUUAUCCUGGCCAAUGCUAAGAAAUAUCCAAUAGUAAAAUGUAUUAUUUGAUUCACUGACAAAGUUUACUCUUUGCGUGAUCAAUUUUGGCAGAAAUUAGACGGAACUCUUGAGAAA